GAGAUACAAUUUAUGAUUGUUAAUAAAUUAUUAAACAGUUGAUCAAAUGUAAUUUUAAAAGGUUAGGCGUUGUUGAUAAAAAUUUCAAGUCAACAUUCAAGUCCAGUAAGGAAGCUAGUCAGGUUCAGCUUGAUCUCUGGAUAGUUUGCAAAUUAAUAAAUUGUCUAAAAAGAUGAGUUAUAAUGACAGAUAAUUAAAUUAUGGUCAGACAAAUUGAAGGUAAAAUAAAAUCAUGGCUAAUAGGAAAGAAAAGGUAUGAAAUGAUUAAUAUUUCAUAAUUAGCUUUAUUGAACUCAUUCAGGCAAAGUAAACAUGACUUUUCAAUUAGCUAAUUGGUCAGUUUAUUCAAUUAUGAGCCAUUCUUGUUUUUAGAUUCAUUUGUUUGAUUUGAUUCUAGAAAAUCAGAAUUAGACGCAAUUUUUAGUCAAAUGGUCACUUCUUUUGAUGAACUUGUCUGGUUAAAGUGGACACAAUGCAAAGUGUCAAAGCUAUUGAUAUAAUGUUCAGCCUUUUCAUUUAUUUUCAGCUAAUAGUGCCAAUAGUUAUUGGAACGAUUUCGGUAAAUUAUGUUCAUCAAUUAAAUGACUUCAUUGGAUCGUAUGAGCGAGGAUCUGUACUUAAUUGUGCCACUGAAUGUGCACAAAUUCCUGAUUGCACUUGUGUCCGUCUAUCCAUAAAUGGUAGUGAUGUUUGUGAACCUUUAUUGACUGAAAUGGACGCCAAUGGUCUUAAUCACACUGAUUUUGUUUACUUUGCAAUGAUUCUACCCAAUUUCACUCAAGAAAAUUUGGCUUUAAAAAAACCAGCAACUCAAAGCUCAGUUUUUGAAGUAAACGGCAUUUCAUAUACAGCUGAUAGAGCUGUGGAUGGAAGUCAAAACAUUGAGACAUUCAAGCUACCUUAUUUAUCGCAAACCAAAGAUGGCAAUGAAGCUGAUUCAUUCCCGUGGUGGCAAGUUGACCUCAAACGGGAAUACAUUGUAUCAAUGGUCAAGAUAUUGAAUCGAAAGAAUCCAGCCGAUCGUUUACAUGACUUUGAGGUUAGAGUUGGACAUAAAUCAAUCACUACAGACUAUAAUAAUGUUCAAUUCAAUUCAAAUGGACUUUGUGGAGGCCAUAAAGGAGCUGGCAUUGAGUCUGGUCAAAUGGUUACAAUUAAAUGUGAACCUUGCCCUUUAGCUGGAAGAUUUGUUACAAUUCAAAUUGUCAAGAAUUGUGAUGAUUGUCGUGAGAAGGAUAAAAAUAUACUCAAUCUGGCUGAGGUUGAAGUCUAUGGCUCACCACUGUUGGUCAAUGAAAAGAAGGAGGAAAAAGAUUCCAAAGGUAAAGGUAAAGGUCAAAAGAAGGCAAGUUCAGCUGAAGACGAUGAUUCAACUGAUGGUAAGGAUGAUUGAUAGUAACAGCCAUUAACUAAUACUGUUCAUUUUUAAGUAAAAUGUCAAUAAAAGUAAUACUCAAAGUGUUAUCAACCAGGUGAUUUACUGCUGUUUCAAAUCAGCAUUAAUCUAAUAAUUGCUAGGCCUUGAUCAUAUGUUAAUUAUACUGUCUAUCGUCCCAUCGUUUUCCUAUCCGAUUGAUAAUCAAUUUUGACCCUAUUAAUAGCUUAAUUAAACUCAGUAGACUUACAA